AUGACCCUUAAAUUGCUCCUGUUUCUCGUCACCCUCGCCUCUCUCAUCUCCGCCCAAGACAACCAAAAACGCAGCUGGCUCGUCCUUGAGACAGACAACAUCCAGACCGCCAGCCAGAGCGAUGGCCUUCCAAGCAACAAUUCUAUCGGAUACACCCCUUCUGCUAUUGACCCCGCAAACUUCAUAAACCACUGCACCCAGAGAACCCUCACGAACGGCAAAUCCUUCAAAGGCGGCUCCUGCAAUGGAAUUGUAAUGGGCGACAUCCCCGCCGAAACAAACAUGAUCUCAACCAUAAUCACCUACCCAUUCCAGAACCAACUCUUCACGGUCAAUACCCCAUUCUUCGUGAGACUCCGGACUGCAAAUCUCGCUGCCGGCUCCGUGACGAAUCCCAAUUCUACACUCUAUGCGGCACCGCAGGCAAUUCAUGACGGCAAAGUCAUCGGCCACGUCCAUGUUACUAUACAACAGCUGUUCGGGUUUACCGAGGGUAUGGUUGAAGGACAGGAAGCCCACAUAGCGCCUCCUGAUCCCACCAGGGUUGCCUUCUUCAAGACUAUCUUUGGGAAAGGAGGUGGGGAAGGUGGCUUCUCGGUUCAGGUCAGAGGAGGCCUGCCGGUUGGCUACUAUCGAGUCUGUACAAUGGUUGCGGCGAGUAAUCAUCAGCCUGUUAUCAUGCCGGUCGUUCUCAGGGGUGCUCAGGACGAUUGCCAGAGAUUCCGCGUCGGAUACUAA